AUGCGUUUCCAAGUCUCAGUUGCUUUUUUGAUCUUAUCGGCGGCUCUGGUCUUCACGCCAAUUCUGGCUACGCCUAUAGACCGCUACGACCCGCCUCAAAAGGGUGUCUGUCAGCAAGAAGGUAACAUCUGCUACGUUGAAAAUGGCUGGAUACGCCCAUGCCGCUCGCAGUGUUCCGGUGAUGGGGCUGCUUGUUACGCCACGUCGAGAGAAACGAAUUGUUAUUGA